AUGAGCGACACUGACUACGAUGGUGUUCGCCUCUCGAAGAAGGACCUCGCAUCUGUCAAGUCCGAAAUACUCUCCGAUGAUGCAAUGGCGUUCUGGCAGGAGCAUCUAGAAAACAGCAUCCUGAACGGUAGCCAAAAGUAUAUUCUCCUCCGACCUUCCGCUGGAAUGCGGCUCUUGCAUGAUUCAGAAGAUGCUGCCGAUAUCAUGCAGGGCGCAAUCUCCGCGCAGACUAUGCAUCUGUUUAUUCCUCUUCGAACUCGAAUGAACCCGCACUGGUCUCUGCUGCUGGUCUCUAUUCAGGACGGGGUGGCUUGCCAUUAUGACCCCCAGAUCCCAAUGAACCGCAGUGCCUCGGAACGCGUCACAGGAAAGAUAUCCACCAUUCUGAACAAGCAAUUCACCUACUAUAGUGUUCCAAACGUCCCACAACAAAUCAACACCAAGGACUCAGGCGUAAUGGUGAACUUCUACAUGCAGCAUCUCAUCAAGAAGCUGCAAGCCACCCAUGUGUCUGAGAAAACCGACGCCUCGAUCUUGGCCCGGGCCGUUGACGUCAAAGCCGAAAGAAAGGACAUGCUCAAACUCAUCGAAGCGAAGAGAAAGAGCGUGGGUGCUCGAUUUAUGUUGGACGAUUGA